GCGCGGGGCGGGCGCCUCGAAGGGCUCUCCCCUCCCGCGGGGCCUCGCAGCCGCCGCCCGCGCGGGGAGCCGGGCGGUGUCUUCUUGCCGAUGGGAAAUGAAACCUGAUAUUAGAACUGGGGAAGCCCUUACCCUUCCCGGUCCUCCAGCCAGCUCAUGUGUCUUAGAUCGGAUGAACUUACCAUUAAAAAGAUAGAUUGUCUUACAACUCAGUUCGUUUUAGGAUGACGGGUUACAUUUUAACUUGCAGGGUAUAUAACAGACGAUUAAACUUGAGUUACCAAAGGCAGCUGACUCCAGGCUGUCACCCUUGAUCAAGUGACCACGGCUGAGGGGCGAGGCUUUAAGGGAAUGGGUCGGUCCCUAAUUCUAUAACGAGUGCCGUCUUCUGUUCUAGGUCCUUGACAAAGACCCAUCGUUGAGUGAAGCUCUAGUGCAGUGUGUUCAUGCCAAGAUUUUAUAAGCGACAUUUUCAAACUAUGUGAAGAUCCGUUGAAAGAAGAUUUAUUCUUCUGUGAUGGAGAAGUAUGAAAAAAUUGGGAAAAUUGGCGAAGGAUCCUAUGGAGUUGUUUUCAAAUGCAGAAACAGGGACACGGGUCAGAUUGUGGCCAUCAAGAGGUUUCUGGAAUCAGAAGAUGACCCUGUCAUAAAGAAAAUCGCCCUUCGAGAAAUCCGCAUGCUCAAGCAACUCAAGCAUCCCAACCUUGUCAACCUUAUCGAAGUCUUCAGGAGGAAGCGGAAGCUUCACCUGGUGUUUGAAUACUGUGACCACACGGUGCUCCACGAGCUGGACAGACACCAAAGAGGGGUACCAGAACAUCUUGUGAAGAGCAUAACUUGGCAGACACUGCAAGCCGUAAAUUUUUGCCAUAAGCACAAUUGCAUACACAGAGAUGUAAAGCCAGAAAACAUCCUCAUCACAAAACAUUCUGUGAUUAAGCUUUGUGACUUUGGAUUCGCUCGGCUUUUGACUGGACCGAGUGACUACUACACAGACUAUGUGGCCACCAGGUGGUACCGCUCCCCAGAGCUGUUGGUGGGGGACAUGCAGUACGGCCCCCCAGUAGAUGUGUGGGCAAUUGGCUGUGUCUUUGCUGAGCUGCUGUCAGGAGUGCCUCUGUGGCCCGGAAAAUCAGAUGUGGAUCAGCUCUAUCUGAUUAGAAAAACCUUGGGAGACCUCAUUCCUAGGCACCAUCAAGCGUUUAGCACAAAUCAGUACUUCAGUGGAGUAAAAAUUCCAGACCCUGAAGAUAUGGAACCACUUGAAUUAAAAUUUCCAAACAUCUCUUAUCCUGCCCUGGGGCUCUUAAAGGGCUGUCUCCACAUGAAUCCUGCCGAGAGACUGACAUGUGAGCAGCUGUUGCGGCAUCCAUAUUUUGACAGCAUCAGAGAAAUAGGGGAUUUGGCAAAAGAGCAUGAGAAAUCAACAAGGAAGACCCUAAGACAGAGCCGAAAGCACCUGCCGCAGUUGCAGUACCUACCUCAGCUGACUAGCAGCAGCAUCCUCCCAGCUUUGGAUGACAAGAAGUACUACUAUAACACCAAGAAACUUAACUACCAUUUUCCAAACAUUUGAAGAGCUUGGAGAUUGAUAACAAAAAAAAGAAUUGAUCAUUAAUUUGAAUAAAACAUACAUUUGAUUGAAAACAAUCACAAUGUUGAAAAAAACAUCAGGAGAAAACAUAAGUAACUAACUGGGGGAGGCCACUUGGCAAGACGUGAAGGGAAAUUCCAGACGCAGUGUUCCAUGCUUGACGAUGGUGUCCAGAACAGAAAGGAAAAACUUCUUUGGAUUUUCACUUUUAUUUUUGUUGUAUCUAAGUAGCUGAGCUUAUGGACAGAAUAUAAACUAUCUACUGCACUCGCCCAUACCUCCAGCAAAAUUAGAGAUGAAAAAAUUUAUGCUUCAAUUGUACCAUAUGCAACAAGUGAAAAAAUGGAUUACAGAAUGCCCAUAUAUGUUUCCUUGGAUCUCUGUUGCUUUGAGUCCUAUCUCCUGCCUUUUCAGAUUUUCUCAUCGUAUUUAAGGAGAGUUAAGGUUCUUGAAACCAAAAUGUUUAAAAUUCCAUUUCCUGCUUGCUCUAGCUUUUGAUUUUUAUAUAUUGAAACUUUUUUGAAUAUAUGAGAAGUUUAAAAUAUUUAAAAUCAUAUGGAUUAUCAUAAAAGGCUAUAAUUUACAUGCUUAUAUAUUUAAUGAUACAUUUAUAGACAUUU